AUGGUCCUAUUCUUGAUUAUUCUAAUAGUCAUAAUAGGUCUUCUUCUCUGGAAGUGGUUGGAUAUUCGAAGCACCGAUGAGCUGACCAAUGCACUGAAGCUUGUCAGCAGUGGAAACGGCCAACAUGUGUUGUCGAAUGCAUUCCAGGUAGACGAAAAAUCAAAGCGACACGGGGGAGAGCUUGUCGCUUCGGUACUCAAGGCUCAUGAUGUAGAAGAGAUUUUCGUUCUCUGUGGAGGACACAUCUCUCCAAUUCUCGUUGCUGCUGAAAAGCUCGGAAUCAAAAUUGUGGAUACGAGACAUGAGGUUAUCAAGGUUACCGCUGUUUUUGCUGCGGACGCUGUUGCCCGUCUCCGUCAAUCCAUUGGAGUUGCUGCCGUGACUGCUGGUCCAGGACUUACCAACACUAUCACUGCUGUGAAGAAUGCUCAAAUGGCCGAGAGUCCAUUGCUACUCAUCGGAGGAGCUGCGCCAACUCUCUUGAAGGGAAGAGGAGCUCUCCAGGAUAUCGACCAAAUGGUUCUAUUCCGUCCACUCUGCAAAUACGUUGCUCGCGUCGAACGUCUUCGAGACAUCGUCCCAACACUUCGCCAAGCUAUCAAAGCAGCUAAAUCUGGAUGCCCAGGACCAGUUUUCGUCGAGUUCCCGGUUGAUGUUCUCUAUCCGUAUGAACUGGUUGUAAAGGAAAUUGGAUUCAAUCCAAAUGCCAAAGGAUUCAUCCAAAAGGUUCUUAACUUCUAUCUUCGUUGCCACGUUUCUCGCCAGUUCAGCAGUGCCUGGAUUCAACAAGACAUUACCCCACUUCCAACCAGCAUCCCAAUGCCAAAAAGUGAACAAAUUGAAGAGAUUGUUCAACUGGUUAAAUCUGCGAAACGACCGGUUCUUCUCAUCGGAAGCCAGGCUACUCUUCCACCAGUCAAGCCUACUGAUUUAGUAAGAGCAGUUGAAGCUCUUGGAUGUCCUGUAUUCCUUGGUGGAAUGGCACGUGGACUUCUCGGAAAAGAUCAUCCACUUCAAAUGCGCCAAGUUAGAAGAGAUGCUCUUAAGGACGCUGAUUUGACUAUUCUGGCUGGAACAGUUUGUGAUUUCCGUUUGAGUUAUGGAAGAACCCUUUCAAAGAAAAGUAAAAUCGUUGCCCUCAACAGAAACUACAGUCAAUUGACAAAGAACGAAAAGGCGUUUUGGAAUUCAAAUGUUUCAAUUCAAGCAGAUGUUGCCACAUCUCUUGUUCAAGUAGCAAAUGCACUCGGAUCGAAUCACAGUAAACCAUCAGAAUGGGUGAAGACACUCAGAGAGAAGGAUAACGAGAAGGAAGCUGCAAAUGCCAAGAAGAUGGAGCAAAAACUGACUAAUGGAUUCCUGAACCCACUUAACUUCCUGAAGACGUUAGACCAAUCCCUUCCUGAUGAUGCUAUUCUUGUGGCUGACGGUGGAGACUUUGUUGGAUCAGCUGCUUAUAUUGUUCGUCCACGUGGACCACUUCAAUGGCUGGAUCCAGGAGCAUUCGGAACACUUGGAGUUGGAGGAGGAUUCGCUCUCGGAGCAAAGACUGUUUAUCCAAAACGACCAGUGUACAUCAUUUGGGGAGAUGGCUCAUGCGGAUAUUCUCUGAUGGAAUAUGACACGUUUGCCAGACACAAGCUCCCCGUCAUCGGAAUUGUUGGAAAUGAUGCUUGCUGGACACAAAUUGCUCGUGAACAAGUACCAAUGUUCCAAAGUUCGGUGGCUGUUGAUUUGGCGAGAACUCGUUACGACAACGUUGCCAAAUCACUCGGAUCCUGGGGAGAGACUAUCGAUGAGCAAAAUGUCGAUGAGACUCGUAAAGUUUUGGAUGAAGCCCUUGCCGUGUGCCGAUCUGGAGAACAAUCCGCUCUCGUUAAUGUGCUUAUUGGAAAAACCGAUUUCAGAGAGGGAUCUAUCUCUGUCUAA